GUUUCUGUCAAAUAGCUAUGCUAACGCCAUCAUAUCGCAUGGUUAUAAAUAUGGAUUUAAAGAUUUAUUUGUUUGAAUUUAACAAAUAAUAGCGAGGUCUCUUUAUUUUAGAGCGAAUUAUUGAUUACCAAAAGUUCUGUGUUUUGACAUUCCCUUUUUUGUAAGUUAUAAUUCUUGAAUAAGUGAUAAAUACCACGACAUACACAAUGGAAGAAGACAAAAAGGUUAUGUUUCAUGAAAUGGAAUUAGAUGAUAGAAUACUGAAGGCUAUAUCCUUACUGGCAUGGCCACAUCCAACAUUGAUUCAAGAAACAGCAAUACCUCUCCUUCUGGAAGGCAAAGACGUACUCAUCAGAGCCAGAACUGGUUCAGGGAAGACAGCAGCGUUCGCAAUACCUGUAAUACAGAAGAUAUUGAAUUUGAAGAAUACAAGUACACACCAAUGUAUACGAGCUGUAAUAUUGUCUCCUAGUAAGGAGUUAUGUGGACAGAUUGCAUCAGUAAUUGGUGAUUUAACAAUCAAAUGUGCAAGAGAGGUCCGCUGCAUAGAUAUAUCCUCUAGUGGAGAUAUGCAAAUACAAAAGUCCCUGUUAUCAGAUAAACCCGACAUUGUUGUGGCGACACCUUCAAGAGCACUGGCACAUUUAAAAGCAAAAAAUAUGAGGUUAAAAGAAGAUCUAUCUAUGUUAGUUGUAGAUGAAGCUGAUUUAGUGUUUUCUUUUGGUUAUGAAGAUGAAAUCAAAGAACUCUUAAGUUAUUUACCAAAAAUCUACCAAGCAGUUCUCGCUUCAGCCACAUUAUCAGAUGAUGUACUAAGCUUGAAGAAAAUUGUUCUCCGGAAUCCAGUGACUUUGAAACUUGAGGAACCGGAACUUGCGCCAUCAUCACAACUGCAGCAUUACCAUUUAUUCGCUGAAGAAGAUGAUAAGGCGGCGAUAUUAUAUGCACUAUUGAAAUUAAACCUUAUCAGAGGGAAGAGCAUUAUUUUUGUAAGGACUGUAGAUAGGUGUUACAAAUUAAAAUUGUACUUAGAACAGUUUAAAAUUGGUUCCUGUGUGUUAAACUCGGAAUUACCAGCAGCUGUACGAUGUCUGUCUGUAGAUCAAUUCAAUAGAGGCAGAUAUCAAAUAAUUGUGGCCUCUGAUGAGAAGGCUUUGGAGAAACCUGAUGGUGGAUUAUUGACUCCUGAUGAAUGGGGAAAGAAGAAUAAGCAAAAAUCAAAGCGGAAAAAGGACAAAGAGUCGGGUGUAUCGCGUGGUAUCGACUUCCAGCAUGUAUCUAAUGUUAUCAACUUUGAUUUUCCUCUGGAUGUGAACUCCUAUGUGCAUAGAGCAGGCAGAACUGCUAGAGGGAACAACCAGGGUUCAGUACUAUCGUUUGUAUCACUUCGCGAGAAAUCUCUAAUGGAUUCAGUUGAAGAACAUUUGUCUAAAGGUUUUAAUGGAGAUAAAGUUAUACAGAAAUAUGAGUUUGCAUUAGAGGAGGUGGAAGGUUUCCGAUACCGGUCUCGUGACGCGUGGCGCGCUGUGACGCGCAUUGCGGUGCGCGAGGCUCGCCUCAAGGAGAUCAAACAGGAACUACUUAAUUGCAAGAAGCUACAGGGUUACUUUGAAGAGAAUCCAACAGAUUUAGCUGCGUUACGGAGAGAUAAAGCUCUUCAUACAGUAAGGUUACAGCCACAAUUAGCUCACGUGCCAGAGUACCUGCUACCAGCAGCUCUGAGGAAUGAUACUCCUGAGGCUGAUGCUGAACAGCCGCCGGAACCCACCAAGAAGAGGAAACAGAAACAAACCAACUUUGGUAGCGCUAAGAGACAUAAAUAUCAAGCCCGACAAAGCGAUCCUCUACGCAGCUUCGCGGUCAACAAACUUAAGAAAACUACAGCGAGCGAUACAUAGUACCCUUGCGCGCCGGUGCUUUCGUGCGAGUAUUGGUUAGUUGUCGGGAUUUUGGUUAGUACUGAGAUAUCGCGUCAUAUCCAUAUAAAUAUACUGUUUGUUUCAUGUU